UUGCAUGCCUUUGUUGAUGCAUCAAAAGACGCUUACGCUGCUGCAGUUUAUAUUCGAGUGACUAACAGAAAUGGCACCCGGUCGUUUUUGGUGUUUUCAAAGUCUCGGCUCUGUCCUGUAAAGGGACAAUCCAUCCCACGUUUGGAACUAUUAGCCGUAUUGAUUGACAGACACAACAACCUACCGAGUCACACAUAUGGAUUGAUUCCCACUGUAUUUUUGCAAUGGAUAGAAUCAGUUAAACCAAAUCCGGAACGAUUUGUAGAAAUUCGUUUAAAAGAAAUUCGAAAGUCGUCGGCUGUCUUUCAUUAUGUUCCGAGCAGCCACAAUCCAGCCGACAUAGCAACCAGACGGAUUUUACCACAUGAUUUGAAAAACGAACAGUUAUGGACGGGACCAACAUUGUUAGCAAAAGAAAAGGCUGAAUGGCCGCAGAGAACUGGACAUCUUGAAUUGGAAACGAAGAUUUUGAGUAUUCAGGACAAAGAAGUAAGCCUUGGCAUACAGAGAGAAGUUGUAGAAAUUAAGAAUUAUUCUAUACAUGAACUCUUUGAUGUUAAUAGAUAUGGUAGCUGGUACAAAUAUCUACAUUUGAUCAUAAAUGUACUGUGUUUUAUUAAACUUACUUCAAGCAACAAAGCCGGCAGUACUAAGCAAGUAUCAUCUGGCGGUGUCUUUACACCUGAAGAAUACAAAAUUGCGGAAAAGAUUGCUUUUCGCGAGGUGCAAAACUCUGUGGAAAAUAACACCGAAGAAAUGGAAAAAUGGCAGCUCGAUAAGGAUGUGGAUGGCAUACUGCGAUGCCGAGGAAGAUUACAAGAUGAUAACGCUUCACAGUUUAAACUCGUACAGAAAACUAUUGAAAGUUACUGCAGUAAGCAACGAAUCAAAUGGAAAUUUAUCACGGAGCAUGCGACGUGGCAAAGUCGAAUCUACGAACGCCUCAUUGGACUGUCAGAAAGGAGCCUAGUUGCACUUAGAGCAGAAGUUGGAAGCAUCGUGAACUCCAGGCCUUUGACUCAUGUAGCGGAUGAUGCAACUGAAGUAUUCCGCCCUAUUGAUUUCCUAUGUCCGUACGCUGAAUCACAGCUCGACAUAACUGGCAAUGAAGCAACAAGUAGAAGUAGCAGUUCGCUAACGACAACAAAGCAAAAACUCCUCGAACAAUGGCAAAAGGCAUUAGUGACAUCGAACAAAUUUUGGCAACUGUGGCAGAGCGGAUAUUUGCCUUUGCUACGAAAAAGAACUCAAAGGCAUCACCGGCGACCGCGGAGCUCGGUAAAAAGGACUCCAAUAAUCAAUGAAGUUGUCUUGGUGGAAGAAGAAAACCAACCGAGAGGAGUCUGGAAAAUUGGAAAAAUUGUGAAAUUGUAUUUGGGACACGGAAAUGUAAUUCGUACAGCCUUAGUCCGGAUGCCGAGUGGUCAUAUAUUGACAAGGCCUAUCAACUAUCUGCCGCCGUUAGAAAUUACAAGAGAAAUGCAAUUUCCUGCACUAACAGAUCCAAAUAUUGAACAAGAAGCAGUUGAAUCUAUUUCGUAA